AGAUCACAACAUUCUAAUUUUAAGAUUAAUUGCUUCCCAACCCUUUAACGUGUUGAUGCAACAUUACGGUUAUUACACCAGAGAUUAUCUGUAAGAUGGAAUGAAGAUUAUAUUCUGUGUGGUCGGGUUGUGGGUUUAACCGCAAGCUCAAAUUUGGGCGCUGGUAAUUUAGACGGAGCGGUUCGUCUUAAAACCGCUUCCACAUAAUUUACUUAGAAGAAGCUAGUACGCUGGAAUCGCUAUAAAGAUGAUUUUGAUUUGUAUUUACACGUACACGCGUUGAGUUUAGGUCAGGGUUGGAGAACUAGGGGUUCUGAGGUCGAAUCCAGGCCAGGGUUGGAAAACUAGGGAACCUAGGUUCAAAUCCAGGCCAAGGUUGUAGAACCAGAGAUCCUGGGUUUAAAUCUAGGCCAGGGUUGAAGAACUAGGGAUUAUGGGUUCGAAUCCAGGUCAGGGUUGGAGAACCAGUGAACAUGGGUUCAAAUCCAGGUUAGGGUUGGAAAACUAGGAAACCUGGGUUCAAAUCCAAGCCUAACUUUUAAAUAUUUUCCAGGUUUUACAUGAAACAUGCUAACUACAAUAUCUAUUUUAUUUUUAACACUAACUUCCCAACACGUGUUUGGCCGAUUCUAUUUUAGCGAUUGCACUUCUGACGUCAUCGCUAGUGACGUAGAAGGUCGAUGUCGGACUUGUGUCAAGUAUGGAUAUAUAAAAAGAAAACGCGAUCCAAUCUUGAAUCAUCUCGAUGAAUAUUGGCGACGUAACAAAGUUAAACGUGACGUCACAGAGAAAAAUGAAUUCAGUUGGAAAGUUGACAAAUCUGUUUAUGACGUAGACAAUAUAACUAUGACGUUGUAUUUAUGGAAUGAAAGUACAGGGUUGGGAAAACCCCUUCCAGGCUGUUGUGACGUCACACUUAGCUCCCGGAAGUGUUUUACGCCAUCUUGUGUUGAAGGAACAAUUAUUCCAAGUAUAACAAUGUCUAAUACGUCAUCACUGUGGGUUGCCUUCGAUACGGACCAUAAAU